AUGAAUAUUUUAGUCUAUAAUGGGGCCGGUUCAUCCCCGGAAUCCGUCAGGCAUACCAUUGAAACUUUUCGGACAUUGUUGGAACCAUACUACGCAGUUUCUCCAGUAUCAGCAAGAACAUUAGAAACCGAGCCAUGGACUAGUAAGACAUCAGCUGUUGUGUUCCCAGGUGGUGCAGAUUUGUCGUAUGUUAGAGAUUGCGCGAAAGUGAUACCAAAGAUUAGAGAUUUCGUGUAUAAGGAUGGAGGGCUGUUCAUUGGGAUAUGUGCAGGUGGAUAUUUUGGAUCCAGUUACUGCGAGUUCGCUAGAGGGGAUCCAAAUUAUGAAGUCAGUGGUCCAAGAGACUUAAAACUCUUUCCAGGUAUGGCUAGAGGGCCUGCCUUUAAUGGGUUCAGAUAUAACAAGGAAGAUGGGGCCAAGACAGUGCACUUAAAGGUUAACGGAGUUGACGGGAUGAAUGAAGCCUACUCAUAUUACAAUGGAGGAGCUAUUUUUGUUGACUCACAAAAAAUGCCCGAUGUUCAAGUGUUAGCUGAAUAUAUGGACACUCCUGAUGCAUCUUAUUCUGAUGAUCCAAAUUCAGAAGAAAAGAUUCCAGCAGCCGUGGUUCUUAUUAAGCAUGGGAAAGGUAAAGCACUUUUACUUGGUCCCCACCCUGAGGUCCCCUCAAGUGCUCUUAAAAAAAUUGGUGAGGAUUGGUAUGACAAUGGGGUUGUUGAUAAGCUUAAAAAGAAUGAAAAGCUAAGGUUCCGCUUCAUGAAGGAAAUACUAAUCAAAGCUGGGCUCAAGUGUAACAAUACUAUUACGAAUCCAGGUUAUCCAGAUUUAACUCCAAUUUUUGUUAGUACUAAACAUAAUAAGGAUAUCCUCAAAACUUUUGAGGCUAACCUCAAGGCCAAAGCAACUAAGUCCGACGCAGUCGAUGGGUCAUUUCACUUGGUUUGCGAAAACGAUGAAUUUGACGUCUAUGAAGGCUUUACUCAUUCAGAAAUAGCUCAUCAGAAACUACUUGGUGUUCAUCCAGAAGAAGCUGUCAAGCAAAUAAUUUUCCCAGACAACUCAGAAUCUGUUCCAAAUAAUUCCUUAGUCUCUCAUUUCGACAUUGAGAAGUUCUUUGAUCAAUUAAGACCAUCUAACACAUUAGGUUCAUUGUUACUAUAUGGAGAUGUUGUCACAUCGACGAGUAUGAUAUUAGACCAAAAUAAGACCUUGCUUGCAGCUUUACCUGAGAAUUCUGCUAUUCAUGUUGGUACUAUCCAAGUCUCCGGCAGAGGACGUGGAGGAAAUACAUGGGUCAAUCCAAAAGGUGUACUUGCUUCAACGACAGCUAUAAACGUACCUGCAGUUUCUUCUCAUACUGGAAAAAAUACCCCUAUUGUUUUUGUUCAAUAUUUAGCAAUGCUUGCAUAUUGUAAAGCUAUAAAGACGUAUGCUCCCGGCUACGAAGAUUUACCGGUUAGAAUUAAAUGGCCUAACGACCUUUAUGCAAUGAAACCCCAGUUCUAUUACAACAAUGACGUCAAAUUGUUAGGAAAGGGGUUUUCAGAUAGUGUUUUAAGUCGUGACGAUAUCGACCCUGCAUUGGUCAAAGUUUCUGGUCUUUUGGUUACAACUAAUUUCAUUGGAGGAAAAUAUUCUUUACUGUUAGGUUGUGGUAUAAACGUCACAAACGAGGCACCUACUACAUCGUUAGCCACAUGGGUAAAUAUUUUGAAUCAAGAGAGGGAUGCUUUAGGAAUGCCACAUUUACCAGCUAUUGAACAUGAAGUUUUAUUAGCUAAGUAUUUGAAUGAACUCGAUUCUUUGUUGAAGAAGUUCCUAGUUCAAGGACCUUCAGCAAUUCUCCCUGAUUAUUACGAGUUGUGGUUACAUUCCAACCAGAUUGUAAAAUUGACGGACCAUAAUUCUGUAAGGGCAAAGAUUGUAGGUAUCACUGAAGAUUAUGGAUUGUUAAUUGCUAAAGAAUUAGCAGCUGGUAGUGAUUAUCAAUAUACUGGAAAUGUAUACCAUCUCCAACCAGAUGGAAAUACCUUUGAUAUUUUCAGAGGUUUGAUAUCUAAGAAAGCUUAG